CGAAAUACUUCUCACUGUACGAAGUAUAUAGAAGUAUUUACACAUAAAUUUUUUAUCGUGCACGAAUUAAUGAGAAAACGCAUUUGUAACUUGAUUCAUUUUGCUAAAUCAAUUCCCUUUGAUCUUGAAUAAAUUCUCAUGGUAAACGCUGCUUCUUAAAACUCCAAUUUUUUAUGGUUUGGAUUACACGCUUAUUUAGACGUGACCACUGUGACAUAUGUAUAGUGAAUGAUUGAACAAAAGUAACCCGAAAUUCGUCAUAUGUCUAAGUGCAAUGUGAAAAAUGCCAAAUGAGUUAUCUAUUUUAUUUUACCGGAAAUACAUGUCUUGCUUCCGGUAGUUAGUCAUUUGCUGUCCAAACGUAUAAAUUUUCGGUGGUAUUUCUUGAUUGAUAGUUUGGUUAGAGAUUUCGAUCAUCAAUAUCCAAAGAGUGUAACGAGUUGAAAUCGAUUCAAAGGAAAUGGCCUCGGCUGCUAUAUCACCGACCGAAGAUGACGAGUUAACCCUACCGCGUGCAUCGAUCAAUAAAAUGAUUAAGGAGAUCUUACCACACGUUCGUGUGGCAAACGAAUCUCGAGAGUUGAUAUUGAACUGUUGUACGGAAUUUAUUCAUUUACUUUCCUCCGAAGCAAACGAGAUUUGUAAUCAGCAACAAAAAAAAACAAUAAAUGCUGAACAUGUCCUCCAAGCCCUCGAAAAGCUCGGAUUUGGAGAUUACAGCGCGGAGGCGGAAGCGGUUUUACGAGAUUGCAAGGCUGUCGCGGCCAAACGAAGACGUCAAAGUACAAGAUUAGAAAACUUGGGAAUUCCGGAGGAGGAACUUUUAAGACAACAACAAGAAUUAUUUGCAAAAGCAAGGGAAGAACAGGCAGUGGCCGAACAACAACAGUGGCAACAAUUACAGGCAGUCGCACAAAUGGCUUCGAUGCAACAGGCUGACAGUGAGCAAGAGGAUUAUUCGUAAAUGUUCGGAGGUCGGGCGUCACCUCGGUGCACCGACUUCGAAAAGGUGCUGAUUCAAUUGCAGUGGAUAAAGAAAUAUUUUUUUGUUUCAGUAAAUCCAGAACAAUUGCAAUAUCUCACUUUAUUUCUUUCGAUUUCAUACACACUAUUAUUUAUGUUUGUACAUUAUUUCUAAAAUAGGAAAUGAUCGUUUUCCUAUCUUUAUUCUGUGAUGUGUUCUUGCACUAUAAAUCCAAUAAAAAUGACGAAAUAUAAUU